UUUUUGUUUUUUUUUUUCAAGGCAAAGGGGAAGGGCUGUUUACCUCCUUUCUUUAUUUACAUUUGACUAUGUAGGAAUCAAUCUCGCUUAUAUUAUAUAACCUAUAAAAAUAAUCCCACAUCCCUUUUCCUCAUAUCAUGAGCUUACAGUGAUAUCAUUUUCCCGGUGCUAUUAUAAUAUGAUGACCGAUUUUUAAAAGGAAUGUUCUAAAAUUUAGGACUUUCUUUGUGUGUUUUUUUUUUUUUUUGUGAUAUUUUUACUUACAUAUAGGAAUCGUUUACAAUUUGCAUUUUGUGAUUCCAACACAAGGUUUCCUGAAUCUUCGUUUCUGCUGAAAGCUUUCAAUACCUCAAAUUCUCAUUUUCAUACGGUAUACGCCUUUUUUUUGCAGCUAUAAUCCAGGAUUUUUCUCUUAUUUAUCUUCUUUUUCCUUUUGAGUUUCUCUUUGGUUUGGUCCUAGCACAUAUCAGUAUUUAAACAUGACGAUUGCACAAAACUCUGAAAACGUACCUGUACUUCGCUGGGGAUUCCUUGGUGCUGGCCUAAUUGCUGCUUCAUUCGCAGAAGACCUAGUUCAAGCUCAGCAACACCAUAAAUAUCAGCAUGAAAUUGUUGCAGUAGCUACUCGAAAUAGCCAAGAAAGAGCCGCUGCUUUCACUGAACGCUUCAAGGGUAGCUCCUCUUUUCCUAAAGCAUAUGGCUCUUACGAAGAAUUGGUUCAGGACAGCAAUGUAGAUAUCGUCUACGUUUCCAACCACCAUCCUCAGCAUUAUGAUACUGUCAAGUUGGCUUUACUAGCUGGCAAGGGUGUCUUAUGUGAAAAACCAUUGACUAUCAACUAUCCCGAAGCCCUUGACCUAGUAGAGUUGGCUCGCGAAAAAAAGGUAUUUUUUGCUGAAGGUUUUUGGAUUCGUUUCUUCCCUAUUGUGAAAAAAGCACAGCAGCUGUUACAUGAAGAGCGUGUUUGCGGAAAAUACCUUCGACUCUUUAUUGAUUUUUGCCUAAAUUCGCGCUUUCGCGAACUACCCAAUGAGUCUAGAAUGUGCAAUGUUUCUUUAGGUGCCGGUGCACUUCUUGAUAUGGGUGUAUAUCCUCUGACUUGGUCACAGGUCCUUUUAUUUGACGACCCCUUGAAUGGGAAAAACGAUCCUACAGUUUCCUCGAACGCUCUCACCUUUACUGAUAAUAAUGAUGACGUUGGCGAUUAUUCUACUGCUGUCACUUUGGUAUUUCCCAAAUCUCAAGCUAUCGCGGUUUUAUGUACUUCAAUGGAUCGUGAUCCUGUUACUCAAGAUUUUUUGCGAGUCGAUGGUGACAAUGGGGUUCAAUUGAUCAUUUCUGGAAAAUGUUUUCGCCCUCAAACAUUAACCCUCAAAAAGCCGGAUGGAAGUUCUGAGAUCAUGGAUUUUUCCUUUGAUGCCACAGGGUUCUUUUACGAACAAGAUGCAGUUUUUGAAUGUAUAAUGAAAAACUUGAAUGAAGCCUCUGAAAUCCCCCAUGGCGAGAGUCUUCGAAUGAUGCGUUUAACGGACCAAAUCCGUCAUCAAUUAAAGAUUUCUUACCCAGCCGAUAUUCGUUUUACUACAAAUUGAUCCAAUUAAGAUACGAUUUCUCUCUCAUGUUCACUUUUAAUGAAUUUUCCUUUCUUAUUUAACAUUCAACAUUUUAUGAUUUAGUAAGCUGACCAACUCACUUUACGAUGUUUAUGCGAACCAACUACUACAAGUCUAAUUUUGCUACCGUUCCUUUUAUAACAAACAGUGUAAACUAAAAAAUCAUAACAAUCUUAUUCGGCUCAUCUAAUUCGUAAAUUUAUAAAGUCAGUUUAAAUGAUGCUAUUUCAAAAGCCCUUAGCUCAAUCUGCAAGGAGCAAUCAGCUUCAUCUUUUUGUAAGUUGACUUGCCCUAUGUCUUCUUCUAAAAUAUUGCACUUGGUAGCGCUCUUAAUUCCACAAUUUCUCAAUGUCAAUCUGCAUCUGGACUUACCUCCUAAUGACUCAUAAAUACGAAUAAUAAUGGCAUUCUCAUCCUCAGCUUUCUUGACGUUACUCAAAAUUAUGCUUUCAUCACCUUCCACUCGGAUAAAGUCCAAAGCUUCUGUAUUUGUCUCAAUAGAAUUCUUGUUGACAAAUCUAAAGAGACUAUUGAGCUUGUAAGCUGCUCUUACGAUUUCUGGACUAAGUCCACCUUUAUGAGGCAAAAGUGAAUAACGGAAGUAAUGCUUACCCAUAUCAGCAUGAGCAUCCGGUUGCUUUGGAGACCUUAAUAAUGAGAGUCGCAUUAAGUUCCCAUGCACAGAAAAUCCAUACUUGCAAUCAUUCAUUAUAGAGACUCCAUAAUUAUACUCGGAAUAGUCCGCAAACUUGUGAUGACACACUUCAAAUUUUGCAAUAUCCCAGGACGUGUUAUAGUGCGUGGGUCUGCGUGUGAUACCAAACUGAGUCUCGUAGCUAGCAUAUUCCGCAUGGAUGUCCACAGGAAACUCGACUUUUAAGAAUUUGUAAUCUUCGUGCCAAUCAACUUCACAAGAGAAGUCGACACUUGGACGAUCAGCAUCAUUAUUAAAACCUGACAAUGAAAUGAUGGUUUUUAUACUGCUAUUUUCACUAAUAGGAGUUUCUACGAGUACUGAGGCUUUAAGAGGUCCUGUUUCAUAAAGUUGCGCCUUCCCUUCUGUAAGGAGUCGAUAUUUAUCUAGCGAAAAAAUUUCAGUGUCCCAAGCUGGAAAACUCAAAGGAGUAUCCUGAAAGAUUACAUACUGAUUGGCACCAGUUUUGUUAAUCCCGGAUUUUAGAUCGAGAACUUCUCUGUCAUUCUCUAAAUCGUGAAUGCUCUUAAUUAACCCAGCUUUGGAAAUUCGAACUAAAAGCUUAUCCGUGCGAAGUACCAAGCAUCCAUUUGACUCAUAGGCUCGAGCUGGAUGUUUAACUGUGUUAUCUGAACGUGCUAAAAUAUUUGGGUUUUUAUUUGCUUCAUAAAAGGAUACAGGACUCGCUUGUACACUUUCGUCCACGACACCUCCUACAUUCCAAGGUAAAGUGCUUAGAAGGUAAUCGGGCAAAAUAUUAUGAUUUGUGAUUUGUCUGAAUCCUAACUGAUCUAGAAUAUUUUUGAUCAAUUUUUCCGAUGACUGGAAGACGUUCUGCAUCAUAGGUAUCGCGUCGUCAUAAACCAUUUGAAUACAGGAUCCAGGAAGGACAUCAUGGAAUUGACAUAACAAAGUUGUUUUCCAUAGUUGGUUGAUUUCUUGAAAGGGAUAUUUGAAAUUAGGAAUGCGAAUAAAGGCCAGAGUAGCAAAAUACUCCAAAUCAUGGAGUGAAAACUCUGCCUUUCUCAUUGCAGAUUUAAGUUCUGACUGUGUCACAUAAGUACCUCGAUGGAAUUCAAAAUAUAACUCGCCUACCCAUGAGGGUAAUGUUGCAGCAUUACUCGUGCGUUUGAAGAUUCCAUCAAAAAAAUCAUCAACCGAAUUUCCAAAUUUAAUAUCAGGUAGAAGUCCCACUGUGUUAGCAACUCCCUUACAUCGACGAAGUUUUUCUAGCAUUUCAGGAGUAGGUCCACCCCCUCCGUCGCCAAUUCCAAACACUAGUAGACCAGCCUGAUCGUUGGCUAAGUUUUUGUGUUGAGAAACAGAGUGAAUUAUGUCUGAGACGUUUGUGUCUGCCGUAUAGGUAUCUGCAGGUGGCAUAUGACACAGGACUUGAGAUCCAUCCAGUGCAACCCAAUUGAAAGUAGUAUGAGGAAAAGAAUUAAUGUUAUUCCACGAAAGCUUUUGAGUCAAAAACCUACUCAUACCAGCAAGACGGCAAAUCUGUGGUAUCUGACUAGAAUAACCAAAUGUAUCUGGUAACCAAAAAGUGUCGCAAUAAAUAUCAAAUUCAGAUUUGAAGAAGCGUUGGCCAAAAAGGAAUUGACGUAUGAGAGACUCACCGCAAGGAAGAUUAGUAUCAUGUUCAACCCAGCUUCCACCAAUGGGCAAGAAACGCUGACUAGCAACGUAUUUCUUCAGUCGUUCGUAGGUUUCUGGAUGGUCUUCUUUUAACCAUUCAUAUUGCUGAGCUUGAGAGCAGACAAAACGAUACUCUGGAUACCUAUCCAGCAGAUUUAAUUGCGUAGUCCACGACCGUACUAUUUUGCGUCUUGUCUCUGCAAAAGGCCAAAGCCAGGCUGUAUCAAUAUGACAAUGACCGACUGCAUACACCUUUGUUUGAUUAGUAUUUGUUUCUUCAACGUUUUCGGAGUCGAUAUGCUCUCCAAGGUAUAGUUUCGCAAGAGAUCUACAUUCUUCAAUAGAAGAACCUUCCUCAGGGAGGAAUUUAUUCAUUAUUUCGUUACAGAGCUGUCUUGCUCUGAAUUUUUGCCAAGAGCUUGAUGGGAAUUCCUUAGCACUUUGCUGUAGUAUCAUGAAAUCACAGCGCAAUGCUCGAGCUUGUAAAUUAGGAACUACGAGAUCUGCUUUUUUGAGCACAAAAUAACGAUCGGGAUCAGGUGGGGCAAUUUGGUCGGUAGAUCCGCAACCAAACAUCCCAUUGCAUGCCAUUUCGAUAUAGAAAAUAUGGAUAUUGUGAUCCCGUUGCCAUUGUUCAGGAAGAAUGUAUUCGGUUCUUUCAGAGCCGCUGAAUGCUUGAGCUGGCUGACGAUCUUCUGUGUAAACUAGACCCUCAUUAUCGCAAUCCCAUUCAAAGAUUACUUGCUCAUAAUCCGACCAUGCAUCAGGAAUACGAAUUUCAACUUGGACCCAAAAGGUAGUCCAACUAGGACCAAAUACGUCUCCCUUAUAAGCAACUUGUUCGAAGUCUACUUUACCAAUGAUUUCAUUAACGUUAGGUCGUUUCAAAUUGGGAACCGAGUAAACCUUUAAAUUCACAUAUCCCCUUGAGGGGUCAUUUUCGACAUCUUUAAUAGAGUGGUCAAUACGCUGAUGAUCGUAUAAAUGCGGAAGAUUAAACUUUUUAUAUUCUCCUUCUGAAAGGAAUUGAUCAAGAUGACUUUCGUAGAUCGAAUCGACUUGUUUUGCAACUGGAGUAUUGUUGUGGACUGGAUAGCAACUCAUAUCAGUAAUUAUCUUUUGUAAAAAACAAUUGAAAAAGAAGGAUGAUCAGCAAAAGUGUUUCAAUUGCAAGACGCUUAGAACUGGACGAGGGUUUAAUGAGGCUUAUAAAAGUUCAAUUGCAGCUAAAUUUCUCAACAAUAGAGGACGAGGACGAUUUCCUUAGACUAGAAUUAUGUUUAUGAAAUAUAAUUUGAUUAAAGCGAA